CUUUUGAACUUCGGUAACUCCCGUGUUUACGCUUCUCAAGGCAGCGCACUAAGCUUCGGCCUGGUGUCAGAAGCGUGGAAUGGGCGUCUGUUAUUACUGAUCUCCUGAAUCCGACGUGUGAUGGGAUUACCGACUCACGCGCGCACCGUUCUGCGCGAUCCGCUUUAGCCUCGGACGUCGCGUGAUCACGCUCGCUCUGUCACAGCUGCCCGGGGCACAGAGGCGCGAGGACGCAUGGCGAGCGGAGCGCAGAGAGUGGUGUUGAUCACCGGCUGCUCCUCCGGCAUUGGACUGAGAAUCGCCGUGCUGCUGGCCAAAGAUGAACAGAGACGUUACCAUGUCAUCGCCACCAUGCGUAACCUGCAGAAGAAGAAGGAGCUGGUGGAGGCAGCAGGGGAGGCCCUGGGGAACACCCUCACCCUGCAGGCUCUGGACGUGUGCAGCGAUGACUCAGUCAAGCAGUGCAUCAGCAGUGUCAAAGACCGCCACAUUGACAUCCUCAUAAACAACGCGGGCGUGGGCCUACUCGGGCCCCUGGAGAGCAUCAGCGUGGAGCGGAUGAAGACAGUAUUCGACACCAACUUCUUUGGAACGGUGCGCAUGAUCAAAGAAGUCAUGCCUGACAUGAAGAAGCGCCGGGCAGGCCAUAUCAUCGUCAUGAGCAGCGUCAUGGGCAUGCAGGGGGUGGUGUUCAACGACAUCUACGCAGCCUCGAAGUUCGCCAUCGAGGGCUUCUGUGAGAGCAUGGCCGUUCAGCUGCUCAAAUUUAACGUGAAGAUGUCACUGAUUGAGCCGGGGCCUGUGCACACGGAGUUCGAGGCGAAAAUGAUGGACGAACUGGCCGAGAUGGAGUUCAGCGGGGCGGACCAGGACACGGUCCGAUACUUCAAGGACGUGUAUGUGCCAUCCUCGUGCGACAUCUUCGAGGCAAUGGGGCAGACGCCAGAAUAUAUAGCAAAAUGCACUCAGAAGGUGAUCGAGUCGAGGAGUCCCCGUUUCCGGAACCUGACCAACAGCCUGUACACGCCGAUUGUCGCCAUGAAGUACGCGGACGAGACUGGCGGCCUGUCUGUUCACGCCUUCUACAACCUGCUGUUCAACUUCGGCUCUCUGAUGCACGUGGCCAUGGCGGUUCUCAAGUGCCUGACCUGCAGCUGUCUGCGCAGACGCACCGUCUCGCCCGACUGAAGGGGGCACUGGCGAGACGCCGGCAGAGCCGCACUGUACCUUGGCACGUCCGGACAGACCCGGAUGGACGGACUGCUGUGCGCGAGCCCCUGGAGCCAUGUGUCCGGGGGCUCCUAGAAGGUGUCAUAGAUUAGCGAUUCUCAGCUCUAGUUCUGGCUUGCCUGUCCUCUCUGAUCCAACUUACGCUGACUAAUUCCCCAGUGGGGUUUGUGCAGAGCAGAGAGCCAGGCCUGGAGCUUAGGAACAGUGCCUUAAGCGAAUAAGUUACUGCCAUUUAUGUUCUGUGAUUCUAACCAUAUCUAACCAAAACUCAGGCAGAAAGUGUCCAGGGGCAGGUCAGGAGUGGAUCAGUUCUUGUGUAAGGCUAGAGAUCGAGUUGUAGUAGCGGUUCUCUUCUUCGCUCUGAUUUCAGUGAAGUCUGUUAUGAAGGUUUCUUUAAGCCUCUUUUGGUGGGGUUUUUUCUUUUCAUUUUGUAAAAUAGGUUUUUCUUCUCCUGGCUUAAAAAAAUAUGUAAUUAAUGUGAAUAUGUAGGUUAUAAUACAAAAUCUAAUUGUGUUUUGAUUUGGAAAUAAAACAAGUUACUGUCAUUUUA